AUGGACCGACUAGAUCAUCUGAUCGACGACGAGGGCCACCAGGUCAAAUCUUGCACUAUCAUUGGCUCAGGCUUAUCAGCGGUCGUCGUUCAUAGGGAUGACAAAGCCAUCAAAAUGGCCAUUGUUCAUACAAAUGAUCAGGAAGACGAAGUCGAAUCCAAUCGCGGUCAGAUCAGACGAGAACAACGCGUCUACCGGCGCCUUCAACUAGACCAUGCCAAGCCAAUACCGGGCAUAGUGCCGUGUCUCGGUAUGCCAGGUGAUACGAUCGAACUCCAAUUUAUGUCGAACGGGACUUUGGGUGAGUGGAUCAAGCAUAGGGAUGUGCCUAGCUUUGGUCUGCAGAGCCGGUGGAUUCGUCAACUCGCUGUCGGCCUCAGCAACGUUCACGCCAGUCGUGUCAUUCACAGUGAUAUAUUACUCCGAAACAUUCUCAUAGAUGGCUCGUUGAACGCUAUGUUGGCCGAUUUCGGUGCGUCGACAGUUCUGCCGCUGGAUAGUGUUAUGGUUGAUACAGUGGAUCAAUACAAUUGUUCAAUGUGGACAGACCUUUUCCAGCUUGGUCUGGUCUUCUACAGUAUUGUCACCGGGAAACAAGCGGGUAAGAGUAUUUAUCACGGGAAAAGUGCAAUUGCCUCAUUGCCGCCCAGGAACACGCUACCUAGUGUGGCUGGCCUUUGGGCUAGCCAGAUUAUUGAGGAAUGCUGGACUCCAGGUGCUUACGGUGCAGCGGGUGCGGCCGGUAUUGUCGCAAAGCUGGAUAAUAUGGAAGCAGUAGCCAAUACUUUCCUUCCACGCCGUCUGUAA